UUCGUCACAUGGGAACUCAAGUCGAAGUGGAGCACGGAUGAAGUGGAGCUUACGACGAGGACCAGACGACGCUGAAUGAACUAUGCGGCAGUAAGCACCGUCAUCGUUACCACGGUCAUCUGUCACUGAACCACAUAUAUUUGAUUCGCUGCACCGUAACAGAGAUCGUGAGCCGACUACACUUUCGCGGCUGCUGCUGGCGUAGCAAACGGCUACAGUGUUGCGAAGGAUGACAACAGCUGGCCACUGAUUCAUCUGUGUUGCGUCCGACGUGUUUUGGGCGCAACAUUGCUCAUAUUUCUUUCUUCGCAUAACGCGCCUGUGUACGGCUCGCACUAACGUAAUAUAUAACUGACUUUGAACAACAGGUCUGCCUGUAUCGUCUACGUGCUCGUCAAUACUGCUGCUUUUCUUGCGUGUAGUGUGCACUGUUUUGCCAUGCAUCAGAACGUAUCACCAUUGGAAGCGCCUGUGAAGCAGUUGUGGGAGGAAGAAGUUUUCCCGAGAUGCCAGGGUGCUGUCGUUUUUCUCGACGAUGCUAUGGCGGAAGCGUUACACUGGAAUGGAGGAGCGAACAAGCUCUUCGAUGCUGGUGCCUUGGCCGUCAGGGAGUUCAGCUUUUUUGAGCAUGGAUCAGAAUCGGAACCAAAGGCCCUAUUCUUGGUGUCUACCCCAGUGACUGAGCAGACGUUGGCGACUCUUUCCGCAGUGGUGCGAGCAAGUGUGUUCAGUAAUGUUAGUGUUCUCACUUCAUGCCCACCGGCAGCACAACUUUUGGCAAGGUACGGCACAACAGAAGGAUUGGACGGACCUCGCGCUUUUCUUGACAUCGAGGAACGACUUCUAGACUGGAUGGGAAAUGUGACUUUUACAGCAGAAAUUAUGUACGUUCCAUUGUCCGUCGUGAACGUGACUCCAAAGUUCUUUCUUAUGCCACAGUUCCAUGACAUUUUCCCUCCAUUGCCAGGAAAUGCUAGCACAAGCCAAGCCGGCACAACCCUUGAAGGUGCAGGUUUCUCUAGAAGCAUGCAGAUAAGCCUGAAGUCACUGAUAGGAAAUCUGAACUCUAUAUUUGAAGUGGCCCAUAUUAGAGAAGAGACAUUUUCUCUUGGAUCAUUGUCUCGAAUUGUUGGAGAAGAGCUGUCCCGACUGUCAAGGGGUCAUAGGAAGUCUGCAGAGUCGAAGGUAUCCCUCUUACUUCUGGAUCGCACAUUAGACAUGGCUGGAUCACUUACUGCAUCUUGCGAGUCUUUGAUGGACAUUUUGGUUAGAGUGCUUCCUCCACUUCCUGGUCACAGUUUGGACGUGUGUGUUGACAUGCGCUGCAUCUCCUGUUCAUCUGAGCAGACCAUGCCAUCAGAGGGAGCAAUCUACCCUGGUUGUUUGGCUCAUGAGAACUCAAAGUUAGCACUUCAGCAUAUUGUCAACUGCAAGCAGAAGGAAUGCAUGAUGGAACUGAAUCGACUUAUUGUGGAGGCAGCCCUCAAACAAGGUGUGCGCUUGGAUGUCACUGGUCGUCUAACAGCAGAACAACUCAGGAAAAGAAUUAUUCAAUUCAGAAAAGAUGGUGGGGAUGCUGUUAUUGACAUGGGCCUGGUGCAGCAGAUAUUGGGGGUCGCUCAGGCAGCACUGGGGGAGAGGUAUUCGAAGCUGGAGGACCUCCUUAGCACAGAGAAGGUAAUUGUGCAAAAUGUGAGUGUCUCCACAGAAGCUGCUUCACGAAGCUUGGUUCAGCUCCUUCGGUCGAGAAACACAACAGGAUUACAAUUAGAAGAUAUCAUGGCUCUUAUGGCACUGUUGUAUUCUUUAUUUGGAGAAAAAACACUUGGAAUUGGAAGUGACAAGCGGACACUGAAGGCUGAAAUCGUAGCAGCAGUAUAUCAAGCAGCAGCAGAAAAAAACUUGCCCGAGUUCUUUAAACAUUUUGUUUCAGAUGAGCAGGAGACGCUAGACGAGAACACCGUGAUUCAGAAGGUCGAUGAAAUCUUCAGAGCAGUGGAAGCUCUCAGAAUGGCCAGACAUCAACUUAGAAAGUACAGGACCAUUCUCGAAGAAGGGAACCUGAUGCAGCCAGCAGUGUACAAGCCCUUGCUGAAGCAGCUGCUGCAAGACAUUUUUGACCCCAACAUGUCAGAGGCACUGCAGCUCAACUACCACUCUGGGGGGCUCAGUGAUAUGUUAAAAGCAGGAUUUGGACUUUUCAGAAGCACAAGCAAGCCACUGCCAAAGGAUAGUCCAGUGCUUAUUGUCUUCAUUAUUGGUGGCGUAACGGCUUCUGAAGUAAAGCUUGUGAAUGAUAUCACAUCGUCAAGAAAAUUGCCGCAGGAGGUCAUCGUUGGAAGCACAACAUUAGCCAAACCACACCAACAACUCGGCCUCCUCGUUAGACAUUCCACAUGAAAGCUGCAAUUGUGUGAAAUGACUGAAUGCAAUAAACGAGAACAUUUGUACGUGCGGUCACAUAUUUGCAUGUGCAGAUAUUGACAGGAGUCUGUGAAAUUUCCCACGUUGUACUUCAUGCCGGGCGUGCUGAAGCGAUGAUCACGAGCAAUCGUCCACAGGCGGCUGUUGCAACCACCUACUGCACCAGAUCAUAGCAGUUUAUAUUCCCUGAUUUUCGUCGCCGUCGUGUAGGCUGCAACAGUGGCACCGAUGAGAGCUGGGACUAAUACUUGAUACUUCUUUCCGUACUGCACUCGAAACAUCUGCUGGCCUAUGUGAACAACACAAUAGGACAAGGAACCUGCAGCUAGAGUCGACAGUGUCGUCCUAGUGAAUCCUUCCAUGUAAGAAACAGUUCUUUUGCACGCAGCAUUCGGGGCUACAGACUGCAUGACUGUAUUCUGCAGCAAACGGAUGCAAGCGAUGUCCCGCGGUACGGUCACAGAACACAUACACACGCGCGGUUGGCGCGGUCGAGAGAACGAUCAAGUCGAGAACGAACACGCCACGGCGUCGCUCGGCGCCACCAUCGUGCCUUCUCAAAAAUCCCUAAACGAUCCUGUCUCUAGGCGCCUAGGAUCAGGUCACGUGAGGGAUUCUUAGAGGAAAAUCGAAAAGCUGUGCCGGAAAAGUGGGAACACGGAGGAAGGAAACUUGUGAGUGGGAACCUCUAGGGCGCCGCCCUGUUGCUACUGGUCAAUGUGGCCAGCGCAAUUACUAUUGAAAGAGCUGAAAACAAGUACAGGUCACCUUAUGCUUUGUCAUCUAAAAACUCAUACCUGAUGGCUUUAUGAAGGUGGUAGGUUAAUAUUAAGUUUACAGAAAGCAAUCGCCAAGUCCGUGACUUAUGUAAAUCACGAUGUACGCCUUCAUGCAAUAAAGGAUGACGCGAAUUUCGGUUUCGAAUCUGUUUUUUGGAUGCGUAGUAGUUUCGUACAGUUUAGGUUUGACAUGCGAUCGCGCGUCGACAUCGGACGCUAUGGCACACUCGUGCCUUUUGUGCCACCGAAGCCCCUAAGUGCUCUGGCAUAUACCUUCACAUGUUUCCCUUCAGUAGGAAGUUGCUGGACAGGCGGACCAGCGCACAGGAAUUGUACUGGCGAAGCCACAAGCAACUCAAAGAAUCUGAUUAAUUGUUGCACUUUGAACAAUCAUGCUUCUACAAAGGCCACAGCAGAAAAACAGCCUGAUGCCGAGUAUUUCUGUGCCACGAAGUAAUAAAGAGGCGAGUGCCUAAUGCGGACGAAAUCGAGUGCAUCGAGACUUAGAACGACAGAAAGCUGAGCUAGUUGGUAAGGAUUCAUUAUGCAAAAUAGAGGUGAGGCGUGCAGACAGGACACAAGAUUAGAGAAGUGGGCGGCGCUCGUGUUGUUUGCUUGUAAAUACUCUACUCUUGUGUCCUGUCUGCACGCCUCACCUCCGUUUUGCAUAACGAGUGCAUCAACCCACAUAUUAAUAGCGUAGGCGUUUGAUUAACUGUGCAAUAAUUUCAACACUUCCUUACAUGCCAUUUCAUGGGGAAUAUCUUUUCUGGUCACAAAUUUGUGCGGCUAAUUUAUUUGCAUGGUCGACUCCGGGCCUGUGGGACCGUUCAUUUGCACUUGAUGCAGAGUCUUUUACAUGUAUCCAUAAACUGCAGAUAUGCACAUCAGAUCCCUGCGAGCAUUUUCAAAAUUCAAUUAUUUUAGACAACAAAGCCACGUGACUGCGCUCAUGCGCUAUCGUAUUGCAGCGGCCCCUAACAUUCCUAUAUUUCUCUUUCUGCGUGGUCUUCGAGGCUAUGUUCACUUACCUGCCCUCCCGCCUGUUUGUUGCGGCGGUCUCUUAGCUUCCCUGGCCCAGCAACCCGUCCUUGAUAUGCGCGCGCACAUAUGCAAUACUGACAUAAUCUCAAAUACCACUAAGCAGCUGGGACACAUUUUUGUUGACCAUACUCGCAGGUAAAAGAAGUAGAUCAUGUGGACAGCUCCAGCUCAUUUUUCUUAAAUCAGUGUGUACAAGGGGUAUGCGAAAAUAAUUUUUUUUUUCUCGCGCACCGAUUAUUUUGCUGUAUAAGCAAGAGAACCCACCACGUUAGUGUAACGUAUCUUGUACAUCACACUAAUAUGUGCUUUAAUUUACCAAGUGAGAUGAGUUACUUUUAUGGCUCAUUCAGUCAUAUCACACUGCAAGCUUCAUUCAUCAAUCUUCAAUUGGAUUUUGCAAAUGUUUAAUGAAACGUUUCCCUUUUAUGCAGAUAUGCAAUGGCAAGCCCUUCCGUGUGUUCCAAAGGUAAAAUUUAAGCUCUAAAUUAAAAAAAGACAUUUCUAGUCAGAAACAAGCAAAAAUGGUGAAUGCAGAGUAUCAGAAGCCCAAGGUACAGAAAUUAUGAGAAGUGUCGAAUGAUUUUAAGGAAAGAGUCGUAUUUGAAAAUGCAAGACUCUUUAGUGGAGGUCAAGCAAGUCAAUAUAGGUAGAAUACUCUGCAAAAUUAUGCGAGUGAGUGGAUGUCAAGCAAUGGGUCAGGAAAUGCGUUGUUUUUCUGCAAAACAAAAGCUGAUUGCCAUUACAUAAGUCACUUUAGCAUCAUGAGACUGCUGCUUGAUAAAUUCAGAAAUAAACCAAAAAAUAAGACACGCAACAAUAAAAAACAAUUUAAUGAUGCUCUCUCCACACUGGGAUAAAUAAAAACAAACACAUCACAUCUAAUGUGGACAUAUCAGACGCCUUCUGAAACACUAAAGGAAAAAUUCAGUUUCGAGCUAUGGCACUUGCCACAUAAAUGUGGGGGGCCUUGCACUAAUAGUGAUAGUUACCACUGCAUUUAGAAAUUGAAAGCAUUCAUGCAGACAAGGAUGAUUCUUUAUAUUUUUGGCUACCACUUCAAAUGCCUCCACUAAGUGUUACAAUGCUGCACGCAGCCAUACUAAGGAUCUCGCAGCAACACCUGCAGGUAAAAAGCAGAAGCAGUCAAAGUGAUGGUGUGUACUGGACACUAUGUUUGAAAACUUUUAGGCAAGGAGAGUGCAAGAAGCAGACAUAGCAACUGCAUUUAUUUCCAUAAUUCCCCAUUUGAAUGGCCUUUUCUUUUUGCUUAGACAAUGCCUACGCCUAGCCACAGCAGCUCCCUCAUACAGACUCCGCAAGCCAAGAGGCCGUGGAGGCAAAUGCAGGCAGCCAGCACACCUCGAGCAGCCACCUUGACUGCGGGUGUGUCACCCUAGUCACCAAGAAAACAUCUGAGGGAAAGUGACAGGCAAUGUGAACAGCCACUUCUCCAUGUAAACGAUACUCUUUCUCUCGGAUGACUCCUACGCCUCGCCACGCCAGCACACUUGUGCACAAAGAUGCCGCGGAGGCACGUGCAGGUCAGAGGCAAGAAGCAGUGGCACUGGUGUCGACAUUCACCCAAUUUCUUUUUCUUACACUGAGGCAGCCAGCACACCUCGAACAGCCACCUUGACUGCGGGUGUGUCAGUAGAUUCCUGUUGUACAUAUGCUCAUAAUAAACUUCAGUAAACUUGAACUUGAUAAUAAACUUGAAGGCAAAUGGGA